GGACCUGACAAUGUAUACAUGUGGAUGCUUGUCCAUGUCAUAUGUUGCGCCGAUUUCGUGGAUCUUGAGAACCCUGCUUGCACGUUGCCCGCAUGUGGAGGCUCAUCAGUUUCCCUACGCGUGCAUGCGGCAUGCCUAGCUGGUUAUCUUGUCUAAUUAUCUGACGUCGGGUGGUACUGUUCCUCCUGGAGAAGAUAAAUAAAUAGUCGAUCCAGUAAACACUUCGCUACCGAGCAGCAGUUUGACGACCUUGCAUGGCGUCUAUAAAUCCAAUGGCGCGAGUAAGAGGAGAGGGCCAGAGGGGGCAGUGCAAGUGCAAAACGCUCAAUGGGGAGGGGAUCAGGCCGCGUUUUGUUGCUCGCCUUGGCGCUCUUCCUCACGCUGCAGAUCACACCGGCGUCCGCUGUCCCAAAGAGUUAUUGCGUCUUCUUCGAUGACCUGGCUUCUGCAUCUUCUCUGCUAAAUGGACUCACUCCAGUGUUCAGCAUAUUGUAUCGCUUGGACGACAUCAACGCGAUCGUGUUGCUGAUCAGCGAUAGUUUGGUACCAGGCCUCCUAAAGCUCCCUGGGGUGCUGGCCGUGAUCCCUGACAAGCUUUACAAGCCCCAGACGACACAUUCCUGGGAGUUCCUUGGGCUCGAGUCAGGUGGCAAAACAAACCCUGAGUGGGGGCAAACUGCCAAGUAUGGUCAGGGAGUCGUCAUUGCAAACGUCGACACGGGUGUAUGGCCAACAUCUGCGAGCUUCGGAAACGAUGGCCUGGAAGCCCCGUGGAGAUGGCGCUUCGGCGACAGAUGCGACCGUGGCAAGGACCCCACCUUUAGAUGCAACAACAAGCUGAUCGGCGCGAGGUUCUUCAGCGAGGCCGUCCAGGUGGAGAGCUUCCAGGACGGCACCAGCGGCAAGCUGAACAAGACGGACCUGAGCUCGCCGCGGGACUACGUCGGGCACGGCUCCCACACGCUGUCGACCGCCGGCGGCGGCUUCGUCCCCAACGCCGGCGUCUUCGGCGGCCACGGGAACGGCACGGCCAAGGGCGGCUCGCCGCGGGCCUACGUGGCGUCCUACAAGGCAUGCUUCCUGCCCGACACCUGCUCCAGCAUGGACGUCCUCACGGCCAUUGUCACGGCGGUCCACGACGGCGUGGACGUGCUCUCGCUCUCCAUCGGCGCGCCGCCCUCGGACCUGUUCACCGACCUCCUCGCCAUUGGCGCGUUGUACGCCGUCCGGAACGGGGUCGUCGUUGUCGCCUCCGCCGGUAACGACGGCCCGGUGCCCGGCUCGGUCAGCAAUGUGGCUCCAUGGAUGCUUACCGUCGGUGCCAGCACCAUGGACAGAGACUUCCCGGCUCAAGUCACCUUCGGAGCCACCAAUACCACAAUCAAGGGACGAAGUCUAUCAAACAGCACUCUGGCUGCCGGCGAGAAAUAUCCGAUGAUCAGCGGGGAGAAGGCCAGUGCCACAGAAUCUACUGACAACUCGACCUUGUGCUUUCCUGGCUCCCUGGACCAGGCAAAGGUGAAGGGGAAGAUCGUUGUGUGCACCAGAGGCGUGAACGGCAGGAUGGAGAAGGGGCAGGUUGUGAAGGAGGCCGGCGGCGUCGGCAUGGUCCUCUGCAACGACGAGAGCACCGGGGAGAGCACCGUCGCGGACCCGCAUGUCAUCCCGGCGGCGCACUGCUCCUUCUCCCAGUGCAAGGAUCUCUUCGCCUACCUCCAGUCUGAAUCAUCGCCGGUCGGAUUCAUCACAGCAAUGGAUGCACAGCUUGGUGUGAAGCCGGCACCGGUGAUGGCGGCCUUCUCGUCCCGUGGGCCAAACACCAUCACUCCUCAGAUCCUCAAGCCUGACAUCACGGCGCCAGGCGUCGAGGUGAUCGCGGCGUACAGCGAGGGGGUCUCGGCGACCGGCCUGCCUUCCGACGACCGUCGUGCCCCCUACAACAUACUGUCCGGCACCUCCAUGUCGUGCCCCCACGUGGCGGGCAUCGCCGGCCUGCUCAAGGCCAAGUACCCGAAAUGGAGCCCCGACAUGAUCAAGUCCGCCAUCAUGACCACCGCAAACAACAACAGCGGAGAGAUCCAGGAAGAGAGCGGCGCGGCGGCCACGCCGUUCGGCUACGGCGCCGGGCACGUGAACCCGCUCAAGGCCCUGGACCCGGGCCUGGUGUAUGACAUCACGCCGUACGAGUACGCCAGCUUCCUCUGCUCAACCACGAAGCCCAGUUCCCUUGUCGACGUCCUGGGUCUGGGCGCCCUGCUCCCAAUCCCUGCAUUCUUCCGCCUCAUCUCUCUGCUCGCCGGCGUCGUCAGCCCCUUCCAGUGCAGCAGCCGCUUCCGCCCCGAGGACCUCAACUACCCGUCCAUCACCGCCGUCUGCCUCUCAGCUCGCAACCCGGUCACGGUGAAGCGCCGGGUGAUGAACGUGUUGGACGCGAAGACGCCGAGCAUGUACAGAGUCACUGUCAUGCAGCCGCCGGGGAUCAAGGUCACCGUGGAGCCUAGCACGCUGAGCUUUGGUAAGAUGUACGAGGAGAAGGGGUUCACCGUGACGCUGGAGGUCUACGACGACGCCGCCGCGGCCGCCGACUACGUCUUCGGCAGCAUUGAGUGGUCCGACCCUGGCACGGGCGGGAGGCAUCGCGUCCGGAGCCCCAUCGUGGCCACAACCAAGUGUGGGUAGGCAAGGACGAUCGGGUACGGCCAUAGUUGAAGUUGGAACUAGCAAUAGAAUUGAACACCUAGUGCUGUCCUGUCAUGCUAAAGUUGUCCACUCGUAACCUGUAAGGGUGCGAGGAAUAAAGCUGCGCCGGUAGCAACGAUGAGCUACUGUAGUGGAUUGAGGAAGACAAAAUUUAGGCGGAU